AAACUUUUUCUGAAAACGCGUCGCGAGAACGUGAUGAAUGAGAUAGAAAAAAUACAAAUAUUUCUCUGUACUUUUCUAUCUCAUGUAUGGCAGGACGUUUUUUCGUGGCACUUCUUACAUUUUACACUAUCUAUAUACAUAAGAGCGUAACGAAAAAGCGUCCCGCUUAUACGCAUCUUAGAUCGUAGUGUGGAUUUCCCAUUAGGGCACUUCAGCCACUUGUGUGCAUUUUUUGUGGCGCGUGCCGCCCAUGUUACAACAGGUCUAUCCUCCCCCUCCAUAUCGUUAGUGUUUUCGGCAUCUUCUAACGCUUCUAAUACAAUCUUCGCUGUUUAGUCGUUCAGUUGAUCAUUUGUAGUCGUUCGCAGUGCUGCGAAAUUUAGUACGGAUAAACAGCGCUUUAAAAGAUUCAAACUGGCAGCGCUGUUUUUGGGUGCUCUGAAAUCCAUCAUGAGCUCGACGGAUCCAAAUGUGUCACCAAAAUCUACCACCAGUUCAUUGCCGCCAGAAAGUCAACGAACCGAUGAAGUAAAAAGAAUACGUCACGGACGAGGACGGAGUGGCGGCAAUAGUAAAAUAGCGAGAGCGGCAGCAUUUAAAAUCGUGAAUGAUGGAAACGAUCCAAAUAAAAAAGAAGGAACAAGGAGAGAAGAUAGGAAUAGGAAAGGAGAUAAGAAUAAGGAACAGAAAAGGGAUAGUCGAUCGAGGAGCAGAGGAAGCACAAAAGAAAGGGAAGGAAAUGGAAAUGGAAAGGGAAGAAAUGGAAGGAAGAAUGAAGAGGAAAGAAAGGAGACAGGUGACGGAGAGUGGCGAAGAAAAGGAAGAAAAAAAGGAAAAAAAUUGAAUUUUAAUAGAGGAAAUGGACGUCCGUACAUAGGGAAAAAGGUCAUAAUGAUUAAUCCUAGAGGAACAUUCAAUUUAUAAUUUUUUUUUUUUAAACAUAAUUUUGUAAUUUUAUUUG